AUUUGCAAAUAUUGAUUAUUUAGUAUUGAAUUCAAUGGUAAAAAGUAAUUACUCGGAAUCAAUGCCGCGAUCAGUGACUUCAAGUCCUGUUGAUUCAGAAGCCAGUAUUGACAUUAAUGACGAUGAAGAAGAUAUGUCUCGUUCACCAAAACGGGAAUCACUUAUCUCACCUGUUAUGCAUCCAAACGGUUCAGUCAAUAGUAGUAAACCAUCAAAAUUGUCAUUCAGUAUCAGUCGUCUAUUGGGUGCCAAUACUGACUCUAAUAAAUGCAAUCAAAGCGGCCAAACAUCUGAAGGAGAAUCAGAGUCGCCGUCAUCCCUGUGCUCUCAAUGUCCGUCAACAGACAACAACGGUAUAGGAGUCUCAUAUCUAUCGUCCGCAUCGCCGGACACUAAAUGUCAAUCACAUCGCAUGACAGUCAGUCCAUACGACCACUUAUCAGGAUCGGCAUCUGUUAUACGAGUGCCCGCACACAGACCACCGCCAACUAUGCCUUAUACUACACAUUAUCCCUGGUUAGGGCCCACACCUCCAACACUAAUUAAAGAUGGAUUGCAAAUGCCGUUCCCAUUAGGUGCUGGUUUACCACCUGUGCCGGCUCGACGCAUAGGUCAUCCCUAUCAGAACCGAACGCCACCAAAGAGGAAGAAGCCGAGGACUUCCUUCACUCGGAUGCAAAUCUGUGAAUUAGAAAAGAGAUUUCAUAAACAAAAAUAUUUAGCAUCAGCUGAAAGGGCAUCACUGGCUAAAACACUUAAGAUGACUGACGCUCAGGUUAAGACAUGGUUUCAAAAUAGAAGAACAAAGUGGAGGCGUCAAACGGCUGAGGAGAGAGAGGCAGAGAGACAGGCAGCCAAUCGGUUAAUGAUGUCAUUGCAGGCCGAGGUUUCCAAAUCAAUGUACGGAUCGGGACAACCGGGUUCUGACCAUCAGGCGGGUAUGGCAGCGCACGCGGCUGCAGCACAAGCAGCGGCUGCUGUGGCCGCACGUGAAUCGUUAUGUUUGAGCAGUUCCUCACUUCAUGCACUACAGAACCUGCAACCAUGGGGUGGGGAUCCACAUCACGCUAUGGUAACUCAUCACCAGUUAGACAGAACACCCUUUCCAUUGACACCAGCCAUGUGUUAGUUAUAUAACACAGACAUCACAUGAGUGUAUGUUUUUGAAUCACUAGUCGAUUACAAAUCAAAACACAGCUCAGGACUCACUCAUUGGAGACGACACUUGAAGAAGACUUCAAACUUUACUUUAAUGGUCUCAAUACUACUAAUACUGUAUGUUAUCAAUACUGUACUAUAGAUGCGCUAAUAGUAAGCGAUAGCACAUCAUUAGA